AUGACUACCUGGAUGAAGACAUUGCCACGAAAUCAAACCGGUGCUACACACUUGUGGGAUACCAAGAUCUUCCAGCUUGGUGAUUGGCUCGACCCAGCAGCUCCGCCCGACUGCAUGAUUCGGAUUGCCGGCAUCUUAGGCAAACACGCCGAUCGGGAUUAUUUCAAGACUGAAUCUCACUCAGCGCGGAAGGAAAUUCACGACCAAUAUGUCAUUCCAAACGGUCGCAUCACGUCUGACGCGCAGGCAGCAUAUGCGCUGGCUAUUUGCUUUGAUCUAUUGACGCCAGUCCAAAGAGUCCGUGCUGGAAACCGCCUAGUAGAGCUAGUCAGAAAGAACGAAUUCGACAUCGGCACCGGGUUUGCAGGCACCCCGUACCUAUGCGAAGCCCUCGCACUUACUGGACAUGUCCAGGUUGCUUAUUCUAUGCUCCUAGGAAAAAACUGUCCCGCGUGGCUCUAUCCAGUGAUGAUGGGUGCGACUCCCGUAUGGGAAAGAUGGGAUAGCAUUUUGCCAGAUGGUAGCAUAAACCCCGGUGAGAUGACUCCCUUCAACCACUAUGCCUUCGGUGCUAUCGCGAAAUUUCUGCUUGAAAGGGUUGCAGGCCUGCAGAGACUGUAG